UCCCGUUUGGUUCAUAUUCAUUGCCAAAUGCCCCAAGUUUCCAGCACAAGCUCGUCGCAGGCGUUACGAUGUAUCUUCCGAUCCUACGAUACAUCCGCGUCGAUAUUUCCUUGCGAACAAAAAACCACGAACAUGAUAUCAACGUUUAGUUUCCCUGUUACGUUUGACUUUCGUGUUACGAGUGUUGUACUUUUCUAACCCAACACACAUUCAUACAUACGAUUUAAGGUGACACUCAAUCCAUUCAAUCUCAUUUUUUAGUUAAAACCUAUUUCAAGAGAAAUUCAUCAACCCAGAAAAUGCGAUAACUUUGCCAAUUAUAACCCCAAAUUCUUCCGAUUUUUUUUCGGCGUGUCAUUCAACUUAUGUAAUGAAAUCGACACAAUAAAACUUUAUUUACUCUAUUUUAGCAUGCGAUCAAUUAAUCAUCUACUUUCAUUAAUUUCAUCGUUUAUUCACCACCAAAUUUACGAGGACCAUUAAAAUUUGCCUACAGAGCACGAUAUCCAAUGUAAACUUGAAACAUCAUAAGAAGACAUUUGCCAUUUACAAAGAUCGAUUUUUUGUAUUGUUUAUUGUUUAUAUUCUUAUCAUCGGUUAUGAGCGAAGACAAUUGCGCCAUGGGGCUGGAAGCUGAAAUGGCAGCUCCGCUGCAUCUUCAACGAUUGGAGCGCAGUUUGGACAUUCAGCCAUUCAUGAACCAGGUCAAUAGCAUAUUUCACGACCAUGCGAGCGAGGAUGACAAAUCCGUGUCUUCAGAAUCGUCCGAAGGCUCGGAUGCGUAUCUUAAUGACGUACUCACAAGGAAAGAAGAAGAACGGAUAAAUAAGUUAAGAUUAUACAACAUGUCGAACGUCGGGGACGAACGCAGAUGGCUUCAAGAUCUCUUGUUGAGCGAUUCUUCAGAUUCUUCUGGAUCGGACACUGAAACUGACGCUCCAGUGACAGAAGAAGAUUUUCAGGACAUGCUCAAAUUUCACAUUCUGCGGAAGAAGUAUCAAGGAAGAUUUUAUCAAAAACCUGAGAAUAUUCAAUAUCAGUAUUAUGGUGCUGGAUUGCUGUCGAGUUAUGACAGAUUCCUCGAACACCAAAAACUCAUUGUUGGCAACAAGAAGAAAAAGGAAAAGAAGCCUGAGAAAAAAAUGAUAAAAGUGAAAAAGGAAAAAGCUGCUCGUCAUAGACAGUCCGAGAAUCAUCGAGAACACGAUUACCCCGAAGGAAAUUGGGAAAGAGUUCGAGGCAAAGAUGAGGAGACCGACGAGGCAGAAAUGGCAGCGAUGAUGAGACACCAGCCGAGGCCCAGGGGUCGGAAAAAGCACAAUAACAAAAGCCCCGAAGUUAUGGCCAUGAGAAGACGGAAAAUUUGGAUAAUGAUGUCUAAAAAGGAAUUGGGCAAAGUUCAAAGAGCCAAAACGAACAAUCACAAGGAGAUGCUCAUUAGUUGCAAGAAAGUAGCUCAACACUGCAUGAAAUAUUGGCGACAAAAAGCUAUGCAGUCCCAAAAGAACAUGAAAGAGACGAUUUGGCGAGCAAAGCGUUUGACUCGAGAAAUGCAAUCGUAUUGGAAGCGUUACGAUCGUGUGGAGCGCGAGACGCGUCGUCGUUUGGAAAAAGAGGCGGAGGAGCAGCGAAAAAUGGACGUGGAAUUGAUCGAGGCAAAGCGGCAGCAAAGAAAAUUGAAUUUUUUGAUAACGCAGACGGAGCUUUACGCCCAUUUUAUGUCACGAAAAAUGGGAAAAGCGUCACCGGAGGAACAGCUUCGGAUAUUGACGCAAUUGGACGAGGAAAAGAAUCCUCGUUUGAUCGGAAUCGACGAUUACGAUUCCGAGGCUAUGAAACAAAAAGCCAAAAAAAAUGCCACUGAGGCUUUCGACAACGAAAGAGCGCGAACUCGACAGUUCGAUACUCCUGCAAGCUCCAGCGAGCUCAGACUCAGCGACACUCCCGAAAAACUCGAACACGAGCAGCCACUCAUUUUUAAGGGCAAUCUCAAAGGAUAUCAAUUAAAAGGCAUGAAUUGGCUCGCCAAUUUGUACGAUCAAGGAAUCAGCGGCAUUCUGGCCGAUGAAAUGGGCCUCGGAAAAACUGUCCAAUCAAUUGCUUUCCUUUGCCACGUUGCCGAGAAAUAUUCGGUUUGGGGGCCAUUCCUAAUCAUUUCUCCGGCCUCGACCCUCCACAAUUGGCAACAAGAAAUGGCUCGUUUCGUUCCAACCUUCAAAGUCGUUCCCUACUGGGGCAAUCCACAGGAACGUAAAAUUCUACGACAAUUUUGGGACACGAAAGAUCUCCACACCAAAGAAGCUUCCUUCCAUGUCGUCAUUACGAGUUAUCAACUCGUUAUCACAGAUUACAAGUACUUUAAUAGAAUAAAGUGGCAAUACAUGAUCCUCGACGAGGCUCAAGCUAUCAAAAGCACCAGCAGUAUGAGGUGGAAACUUUUGUUGGGAUUCAGCUGUCGCAAUCGGUUGCUGCUCAGUGGUACACCGAUCCAGAACAGCAUGGCCGAGCUUUGGGCACUUUUGCAUUUUAUCAUGCCAACUCUCUUCGAUUCCCAUGACGAAUUCAACGAAUGGUUCUCCAAAGACAUCGAAAGUCACGCCGAAAAUAAAACCGGCAUUGACGAGAAGCAUCUUUCGAGACUCCACAUGAUUUUGAAGCCUUUCAUGUUGCGCAGGAUAAAAAAAGACGUGGAAAACGAACUGUCGGAUAAGAUCGAAAUCAUGGUUUACUGCCCGCUCACGUCGCGACAAAAAUUGCUGUAUUCCGCUCUGAAAAAGAAAAUCAGAAUCGAAGAUUUGCUGCAUUACACCGUUGGCGGCGACACGGGCUCAAAUGACAAAAAUUUUACUUCUAAUUUGAUGAAUCUAGUCAUGCAAUUUCGUAAGGUCUGCAAUCACCCGGAGCUGUUCGAACGUCGGGACGCAAAGUCGCCUCUGUUCGUCAGAACGGAACCGUACGAAAUGCCGAGUUUCUUGUUCAACGAGGGUCUACUCGGUUCUUCGUUGCCCUCGAGAGAUCACAUAUUAUUUAACAAAUUUUUUGUGUUUGCUACGGAACACAUUAAUCGUCGUCUCCAUCGCGACGAGAAUAAUGCGAAUUUUCAUUUUUUCUCGUUCUCCCGGUUCAUGGAUCUCUCUCCUAUGGAACUUAACCAAAUUUUCGUCGGUGGAAUUUUGUACAGAUUGUGCCACAUGACACUGCUAGAAAGGCGGACUCGGAAGAAGCGUUUCUGGGAGGACUGGUGGGUCGAAGAAGGAGUGGAAGUUCCAAGGACCACGAUGUUUUUGAACAAUCAACGAAUAAAAUCUCUCUCGUCGAGUGUACGAAAAGAUUUGAUAUUUACGAAUCUCGUGAACCACGGCGAAGCUGUUUACACUCAUACUAAACACACGAUUCACUCGAUGCCAGAAACUGUGGCGCAUAGGAUAUUGAGAAGCAGCAAAUGUGCUCCGAACCAACCAGUCAAAAUUCCUCGAGUUCCAAGUACCUCUAAAAACGAGGCAACGAUCGAAGAGACGAGGGUUCCACUUUUGCCGGAGCAUCCUCAUCGUCCCCGACCUCCCAUUACUCGACUACUUCAGAGAACCGUUUUUCCGGCCUUUUUGUACGAUAACAUACCAAAGGUUCAAGCCAAUCCCAGAAAAUUGUACGUGAGUAGCAGCGCAGCUUCCUGCGCCUGGAAAAGACACGAAGAAUGCGGCGGAUCGUUUGGACAAAAUGUGAUCUGGAACGGGUGCGAAAAAGCUUUGGCGCUCGCGAACCAAUACCGGAACCAAAUGGUCCCGAUGUUCGAACCCGAUCCUCCCGGCGGUUUGUCUGCUUGUGCUCCGAUCAAUGGCUGGUCUAAUAUCGUAGUUCCUGAUAAACAAACGUUGGUGACCGAUGCAGGAAAACUUUUCGUUUUGGACAGCUUGCUGAAGAGGCUCAAAGAGCAAGGUCAUCGAGUUCUUAUUUAUUCUCAAAUGACGAAAAUGAUCGAUUUGCUCGAGGAGUAUAUGUAUCACAGGAAGCACACAUUCAUGCGUUUGGAUGGUUCGUCAAAAAUUUCGGAUCGUCGUGACAUGGUCGCCGAUUUUCAAAAACGGGCCGACAUCUUCGUCUUUUUAUUGAGCACAAGGGCUGGUGGCCUGGGAAUCAAUCUCACUGCUGCCGAUACGGUCAUAUUUUACGACAGUGAUUGGAAUCCAACGGUCGAUCAACAAGCCAUGGAUCGAGCCCACAGGCUCGGGCAGACUAAACAAGUCACGGUUUAUCGAUUAAUUUGCAAGGGAACAAUCGAGGAGAGAAUUUUGCAGCGAGCGCGUGAAAAGAGCGAGAUUCAACGGAUGGUCAUAAGCGGGGGAAAUUUCAAGCCCGACACUCUCAAGCCGAAAGAAGUCGUUUCACUGCUUCUCGACGACGAGGAAAUCGAGGCGAAAUACAGUCAACGGAGCGAGGAGAGAAAGCAACACGCUGAGGAGCCUCGGAGCGAUCAGGGUCUGCAUCAGAAGGAGAGGGACCGGAAGAGGAAGCUAACCGCGCUUCCGGUCAAGAACGAAGCCAAAAAAAUGUGUCUCGAGGACAACGGCCUUGGAGAAAAGUUCGCCGAAAGUACGCCACAGACGACGACGACGACGACGACGACGAGCAAUCCGACGACGGUGCACAGCAACAAACAAGUGACGUUUGCGCCUCUUCCAUCGAGUCAGCAAUCAUUCGAGAGCAUCGAUGAUUAUGGCAGUGGGGUUGCCAGUCCUGUCAAAUCUGAGGACGAAACGAGCAACGAAGGUCUCGUCGUCGACGUGGACGGCCCCGUAUCAGCGUCGAGUUCUGAGGCGAGUCAAAACUCCCGAAUGACAUCGGAAUUCGGUGAGCCUCCAAAAGUCGCUCGUCUCGGGCACCAUUUCACAUUUGGCGUCGGGGGUGGGGUUCGCAUGAGGCCAAGCAUCCGUGGAACGAGUAAGCGUGGCAGACCACGUGGCUCCAGACGCGGAGGCCCCGUCGGGGGCAAGGGUCGUGGAAUGCUUUUUAAUCCCAACGCGAAAAAUUCGGCCUCUCCCGGACCGCAAUCGCCCAAUUCAACGCCGUCGCCCGGCUCUUCCUCAUCGCCCGGCGAUCCAGCCGCGCAGCAGGGUUUGCCAGGAAAUGCUGGACCAGCGGACGGGGAUGGUCCGAGCAGCGUCGGUCCGGUGGGUCCCCUAGGAUCGUUGUCCUCGCUCGGAGGCCGGAGCGGGCACAGUUCGGUGCGUCGUGGUCCAGGUCGGCCCCGUUUGCGUCCAUCGGGGCCGGGCAACCAGGGUUAUCGGAUUCCUGGGGUGCAUCAUCACGCGAAGAAGAUUCAGCGCUCACUUCCGGUUCCCCUGAGGUCGCAGCAAUUAUGUUCGACGAGUGUCAAAGCUUCGUCCUCGAAGUCGACGAUUUUAGCGCCACCUGGCUCGAGCCCCGCAACCGGAAGUGCGAGCCAAGCGUCGACCUCGCAAAAUUUCACGCCCCUCCACGAGUCCAGGCCUUUUGGAUUUUACACGCAACAGCAACAGCUCAUUCAAGACUCUUCCCCACCGGAAGAGAAGCCGCGACAGUCUCACUAGAAAUCAUUAAAUGUUCAAUUUAAUUACAGCCGUAAAUCUCUCACUUUUUAUCAUUGAAUUUUUUUUUUUUUUUUUUUUUUUUUUUUUCAUUCAUUCUCAUCUUAUUUUAUGCUGCGCGAAACUAAAUAAAUCAUUUUUUACGUUAUUAGACUUGGCCAUUCCUCUUUCAAUCGAUCUCAUAUCAGUUCUGUAACCCUUUUUCGAGUCUCGAGCUCAGGGAGGCCAACUCGAAUUAGUUUUACAAUUGCGCAUCGAUUUUUGGCAAGGGCUCAAUUGUUAUCGUUCUUUUUUUUUUCAUUAAAAGUUAAGAAUUUUGACAAAAGUC